AUGAACCAUAUUAUUUUCUAUAAUCAAAUUACAGUGUCAUUACUGAGUGAUGAGCAUGAUAAAGCGUAUCACACCCCGUCACAUCACACCACACCACACCGCACAAAACCCAUAUCAUACCAUAAAACAUCACACUACAUCAAAUCACACUACAGAUCAUCACGUCACACAUCACAUCACACCACAAAACAUCACAUCACAUUACACUACAAAUCAUCACAUCACACCGCAUCAUAUCCCAUCACACCACAAAAAUCACAUCACACCCCGUCACACCAUACCCCAUCACACCGCACAAAUCCACAUCAUAUCCCAUCACACUACGCCAUAUCACACCACACCAAAUCACACCACACCACACCACAUCACCUCUUCAAAACGACACAAACACAUCUUACCCGAUCUAUAAUCUCCAAGACACCGAAGAUACGAUGA